GCCGUCCGCCGCCCGCGGGCGCCUUCCCUGCUCACUUGCCGCGGGUGCCCGGCCCUCCGGCCGCUCUCCUCCCGUCCUCCGCCGCUCCGUCCCGCCCCGUCCAGCCCGUGCCGCCCGGCUCCCGCAGGCCCCCCACGCCGCCCGCGUUCCUAUGGACAGAAGCACGGACACCUGCAGGAAAGACACCACUGAUCCUGUAACAUGGAGGACUGUCUUCAUACCUCAUCUGAGAAUUUGUCCAAAUUGGUCAGCUGGGCCCACAGCCAUGGGACCAUUUGCAGCCUCAUUCCAAACUUGAAACACUUGCUUUCUGAAGGUUCCCAUGGGAACCUGACUGCAAUGUGGGGCUGUAGUGCUGGCCAUGCCUAUCACUGGCCUCUCACAGCUAUCUGCAGAGCUGGAUCACAAGAGAGGGUCUGUUUCCAAGACAACAGAAGUUUUAACUCUGAUAGUCCCAGUAUAAUUGGGGUGCCUUCUGAGACACAGACUAGCCCUGUUGAAAGGUACCCUGGGAGACCAGUGAAAGCAAAGCUAGACUGCAAUCGGACCAGAGACUCUUGUGACUUCUCUUAUUGCAGUGAGCCCUCUGAACUAGAUGAAGCUGUGGAAGAGUAUGAAGAUGAAAACACCCUGUUUGACAUGGUUUGUGAAUCUUCCGUUACAGAUGAGGAUAGUGACUUUGAACCCCAAACUCAAAGGCCUCAAAGUAUCACUCGCAAAAGACCAGGAAUACUCCCAUCUUCACUCCAUUCAGGCUCCCAGGUGCAAAUGGUUGAUGAAUGCAGCAAUGAUGUCAUCAUCAAGAAAAUAAAACAAGAGAUACCAGAAGAUUAUUAUAUUGUGGCAAAUGCAGAGCUCACAGGAGGAGUAGAUGGACCAGCCUUGUCAUUGACACAAAUGGCAAAACCCAAGCCUCAGACUCAUGCUGGUCCCUCCUGUAUAGGAUCUGCUAAGCUGAUUCCCCAUGUAACAUCUGCCAUCAGCACGGAGCUAGAUUCACAUGGUUUGUCUGCAUCCCCGUCUGUGAUCUCGAGAUCAAUCAUCCCAAAGACUACUAGGGUAUCUCUGGCUUCACCAAGCAGAGGACCUCCCCCUGGUGCCCAUGGCACCAACCAGCAGGCAGCAUUGCAGAUGCCUGUGAGCACAUCCCAUCCAAACAAACAGAUCAGUAUUCCUUUGUCUGCCCUGCAGCUGCCAGGACAGGAUGAGCAAGUUGCUUCUGAAGAGUUCUUACCCCAUCUGCCCAGCCAGGUCUCAUCGUGUGAAGUAGCCCUUUCUCCCUCAGUGAACACAGAACCAGAAGUAAGCUCCAGUCAACAACAGCCUCCAGUCGCUCCAACCAUAACAACUGAAGCAACAGCACAGUGCAUACCAGACCAGGAUGAAAGAGCAGCUGAGCUCAGCAGAGAGCAGAACGAGAAAACCAUCCGGAGCACACAGACUGCGCUCCGCAAUUUCCCUUACUCUACUAAGCUGAACAAAUUUCCUGUGUUUAAUAUUAAUGAUGACUUGAGUGAUCUGUGCACCAGUGCAGUAAGCCCAAAUACCACUAAAGCCACGCGGUAUGCACUGAACGUGUGGCGCUACUGGUGCAUGACCAACGGGCUCAAGGAUCACACGGACAUCACCAAGAUCCCUGCAGUGAAGUUGAAUGAACUGCUUGAAAAUUUUUACGUCACCGUUAAGAAGAGUGACGGCUCCGACUUCCUGGCCACCUCGCUCCAUGCCAUCCGCCGAGGCUUGGACCGCAUCCUGAAGAACGCAGGCGUGGGCUUCUCUAUCACCAGCAGCACCUUCAGCUCUUCCACCAAGAAACUCAAGGAGAAGCUGUGGGUGCUGAGCAAGGCGGGGAUGUCGGGCGCCCGUUCUCGAAAUAUCGUCUACUUCUCUCUUUCUGACGAGGAGGAGAUGUGGCAGGCAGGGUGUCUAGGGGACGACAGCCCUAUCACUCUCCUGUCCACUGUGGUCAAGUACAACAGCCAAUACCUGAACAUGCGGACACUGCAGGAGCACGCAGAUUUGAUGUAUGGGGACAUCGAACUGCUCAAGGACCCACAGAACCAGCCCUACUUUGCCCGGACAGACAGCGUCAAGCGGGAGAGUCGGAGCGGUUCCACCAGAGUGUGUCAUGGGAAAAUCUACCAUGAGCAUUCCAGGGGACACAAACAGUGCCCAUACUGCCUCCUUUACAAGUACAUGUAUAUCCACCGGCCACCCACCCAGAUGGAGGCCAAGUCCCCCUUCUACCUGACUGCCAGGAAGGAGGCCACAGACAUGGGCAGUGUAUGGUAUGAGGAGCAGAGGAUGGGACUGCGGUCUCUCCGGGGAAUUGUCCCAAACUUAGCCAAGAAGGUCAAGCUGGAAAACUGUGAGAACUUCACUUUUGUCUCUUUUACUCAGGUCUCCAGGAGGCUUGGCUCCCACAGCUGCUGCCAGUGAGCCCCCUGGGUCCAGGCUUCUGCCUGGCCACCCAGAGGCCAGAGUCAGCAGCAGCCCAAAGCUCUGGGAUGGUGGAGGCUGGCCGCAUGUGACACCAGGGACCUGCUGGUCUUCAGCAGCGUGGCCUGCUGUCCCUCUGACUUGGAGUUUGUUUUUAAAUCAAAGUAGGUGAAUCUAUAUAAUUUGGCUCUUUUAUCCAAAUAUGUGUCACCUUCACUCAGUCACAGAAGCAAACACAAUAUAUAAUUGCUAGCCACAAGAGUGAGGAAAUUCAUUUUAUCUAGUGCCUUUUUCGCACAGGUUUUCUGGAAGAAAAAAAAAAAAAUCAAAACUGUUUAAAUAUCAUGUUUAAAAAUCCCAGUAGCCCAGUAGCUUUAGAAUGUCACGAAGGCUGUACACUUCGUUGAAUUACAUUCUCAAUGAAGAACCAGAAAGAGGGAGGCAGACAUGUUAGAGAAGAAUCGCAUGUGACACGCCUUUGUUCUGCUGGUGGAUGACCUGAUCCUACAGAGCAGCAGCCUUGCGUGAGACUGUCCCACAGCAUCUGCUGAGGGAGAGGAUUUUAUGAAAAGAUUAAUACACCAAAAGGAUGUUUGUGAGAACAAGGUUUCCAGUGAGCUAGACUGUGUGUACAACAAAAGAGUUCUAGUAGUGAAAGAAAAAGGCUUGGGAAAGCUACGUGUGAUCCAAAUGUGAAAACCUCUGAAGCAGAAGUGCCUACGUCUUAGUUCUCAGCACCAUGUGAGAGCGCUUUUCAUUUGAACAUUUUGUAGAGGCUGUUGCUGUUGUUUAGAGUCUGUUCUUCAUGUCAUAGUUUUCCUGUCAGUAUAUAGCCCUGGAUGUGUAAAACAACUAACAGUACUGUUCAGGCUUACCCUGGAAAGUCCAACAAAACGAGCUACAGGGGGUAAAAAAAAAAAAGCCCCAAAUGUGUUUAUUAAAAGCUUUGAAAUAUUUUUAAUCAAAGUAUGACUUUUUGAGCCACAAUAGAUGUCAUCCUUUCAAGGUUAGCACUAUGAUUUGGGCAGUCUAGCAAGUAAGCAAACCCAGCAUUAAGGGAGUAGUGGUAACAAGAGCAUAAUGAUAAAUGACAAAAUGCAGUUUGAAACCAUUUCACUCAGGUAAAACUCAACCUGACCACUUGUUUAAACAUCAGCAGAGCCAGGUGUGGUGACAUAUGCCUAUAAUCCCAGCAUUGGGGAAGCUGAGGCAGAAGGAUCAC